AUGUGCUUGGAAUGUGGGAAAAGCCUCCGGGAGGGCCACAAGCUCACUUCCCAUCAAAGAAUUCAUACAGGUGAGAAACCCUAUCAGUGCUUGGAAUGUGGAAAGAGCUUCAGUCAAAGUGCCGCACUCUCUUACCAUCACAGAAUUCAUACAGGGGAGAAACCCUAUCAGUGCUCAGAAUGUGGGAAGCGCUUCAGUCAGGAGGGGAAUCUCACUUCUCAUCAAAGAAUUCAUACAGGGAGAAACCCUAUCAGUGCUCAGAAUGUGAAAAGAGCUUCAGUCGUAAGGAUAGUCUCACUUCCCAUCAAAGAAUCCAUACAAGAGAGAAAACGGUUUAGUGUUUGGAAUGUGGGAAAAGAUCUGCUCAUGGCCCACCAAAUAAUUCAUACGGGGUUGAAAGCAUAUCAGCACACGGAAUGUGUAUAA